GGAGCUGUCACUAUCCAUGAAGGGCAAAUGAUGGCGUUUGACGGGUGACGUCACUACUGACUUCAAAACAAUGAAAACACUUUACACAGUACACCAAAACUUCGUACUUCGCUUCUGCCGACGCUAUAACACAAACUGAAAAUCCUCUCCGCUUAAGCACCUAUUCAGGUAAUGUUGUUAACCAUAUGUCGGGUAUCAGAUGUGAGUCCGGCGUUGCGGGGUGGUUCCGCUCUGCAGCGAGCUCCACCAGUUCACGGGGAUGUGCUUUCCUAUCCCGCCUUUGCCGAGCGUCGUUCUCCACAUAUGCUCGAUACAAGAUGUAGGUCAUGCUCGUGAAUCGUUUCAAGUGUUCUCUCGGACUCUCCCAUGAGUAUACGAUCCCUCGAUCACAAUGAAGCCAACCGCUACCACCACACUAGACCUCGGACCUCAUGGCCAGUUAAAAGGCUCCGUAUUCGCCAACGGCGUCAAAAGAUUCACACCUAUCCCAUACGCACAACCGCCAACUGGACCACGUCGAUGGAAGAAACCCGAGCCGCUCCCUAAAGGUCACGUCUAUGGCAGUAAUGGCCCGUUGGAUUGUACUCUAAACGGCAACGUGUGCCCACAACCAGAGUACAUUAUUAACGGAAGUAGUAUGAUCAACACGGACUACAACUUCGACGAAGAUUGCCUUGCUGUCAAUGUGUGGCUGCCGCCUGGCGAUUCACCUGAGAAUGGCUGGCCGAUACUUGCGUGGAUUCAUGGGGGGUGGCUUCAGAUUGGCGACCCCUCGCUCAAGGAACACACUCAGCCAACGCAACUUAUUGCAGAAGGGGGUCUAAACGCUAUUGUUGUCAGUAUCGGGUACCGCUUGAAUAUCUUUGGAUUCCUUGCUGGUAAAGAAUUGAAAGGGAACUUCGGGUUCUGGGACCAAAGAUGCGCUCUUGAAUGGCUCCAGGACUAUGCUCCGUACUUUGGCGGCGACCCAAAACGAGUUACGUUGGGUGGACUGAGUGCUGGUGCUUUUUCGACCCAUGUUCAGCUGGACUACGAGCUCUUCCGUGGUAAUGAUCAGAGGCCGCUCUUCCACAGUGUAUGGCUACAAAGUAACGCCAUUCCAGCACAGCCAAAAACAUUAGGCGAAGUUGAUGCCCAGCUACAGAAUGUGUUUGAAACCUUCAACAUCUCCAAGUCCUUGUCCCCAGAAGAAAGACUCAAACAACUACGCGAAGUACCAGCAUCCUCCCUUGUGAAGAAGAUAUUCGAUCUCGACAUCCACACGUUCCGCGGCGUUACGGACGAUGACAUGAUCCCUUCCGACCUGAUCUCCAACGUCCACUUCAGCGCCUUCGCAGCACGCUUCAAGGAACGCGAAAUGCGCAUUCUCCUUGGCGAAGCCGAAACGGAGGAAGUCCUAUAUGCACUCACCAAUCCGCCGCCCACCUCUUCUUCAGACAAUAUGCUAUGCGGACUGAACAACUAUUACGCCUUGCCCGUGUGCGAGAAUCUGCUCUCGCUGUAUACCAGGGAGGGCUCUUCUGCCGAUUCCAGAGUCGAAUCUGCACUAUCUCUAGAAGAUGACUCCGAGAAAGCAAAGCAGCUCUUCGGUUUGAUAACAUCAGACGUUCAAGUCCGCGCGCCUAUCCGCGUCCUCUCCAAAGCUCUGUAUGAUGGCGGAGUACCUCCAGAGUGUAUCCUAAGAUACCGCAUUGCGUACAGGCCAGAAUGUACGGACAAAGUCUAUCCGAGAAGUUUCGGCGUCACGCAUGCUGCUGAUGGAAUGAGUUGGUGGUAUAUCGAGCGGUACGGCUUCAGUGAACAGGAGAACGGAAGAGUGAGGGAAUGGCUGGGCAGAACGCUCACUCCGCUUGUUACAGGUGAUAACCGUAGUGUGGAGAAGUUGGCAUUGCAGGAAUUUCUAUACUUCAAGGAGGAUGGAGGAAUUGAAGUCGUUGAAGAUGGACAUUGGAGAUGGAUGAUGCGUGUUGCGCAAACGCUGGGCUGAAUCCGGGGAAUAGUCCUCUUGGUCCGUGGAUGUACGCGAAUAGCGCCAAGCGCGACUUCGAUAUCGGAUUGGCGAUACUAAGGACGGUCUCUUUCAAACCUCGUCUCGAACUUGGUCAAAUUGCCUUAGCAUCACCAGAUGCUGAC